GAAAUGAGGAUUCUAUGGAGACAUCUCUUCGUUGCAGUAAGAAAACCAAUAAUAUAAGAAGAAGAAAUCCUUUCAAGAUGAUGAUCUUGCUGAAUUCUUGACCUCACUUACAGAUAAGAAAGGAUAAAAGAAGAGCCCAUUAUCUGUAUUGCAAUUCAACACCCAUAUCACUGUUGACAUGAAGGAGAAAGAAUAUAAAUGCCUGGAGUGUGGAAAGAGCUUCACUCAUAAUGCACAUCUAUGUUCACAUCAAAGGACUCACACUGGGGAGAGACCCUAUACAUGCCUGGAGUGUGGAAAGAGCUUCACUCAGAGUUCAAGUCUUUAUUCACAUCAAAGGACUCACACUGGAGAGAAACCCUAUACAUGCCUGGAGUGUGGAAGGAGCUUCACUCACAGUUCAGGUCUACGAUCACAUCAAAGGACUCACAGUGGGGAGAAACCCUAUACAUGUCUGGAGUGUGGACAGAACUUUGCUCGGAGUGAAAGUCUACAUAGACAUCAAAGGACUCACACUGGUGAGAAACCCUAUACAUGCCUGGAAUGCGGAGAGAGCUUCACCGAGAGUGGAAAUCUACGUUCGCAUCAAAGGACUCACACUGGGGAGAAACCCUAUACGUGCCAGGAGUGUGGACAGAGCUUCACUAAUCAUUCAAGUCUACGUUUGCAUCAAAGGACUCACACUGGGGAGAAACCCUAUCAAUGCCUGGAGUGUGGAAAGAGCUUCACGCAGAGUACACAUCUACGUUCACAUGAAAGGGCCCACACUGGAGAGAAACCCUAUACAUGCCUGGAGUGUGGAAAGACCUUCUCUCAGAGUUCAGGUCUACGUAUACAUCAAAGGACUCACACUGGGGAGAAACCCUAUACAUGCCUAGAUUGUGGGAAGAGCUUUACUAAGAGUGCAGAUCUACAUAGACAUGAAAGAACCCACACUGGGGAGAAACCUUAUACAUGCCCAGAGUGUGGACAGAGCUACACUACAAGUGCAAAUCUAAGUUCGCAUCAAUGGACCCACACUGGGGGGACGCCCUAUACAUGCCUGGAGUGUGGAAAGGGCUUUACUAAGAGUGCACAUCUAGAUAGACAUCAAAGGAUUCACACUGGGGAGAAACCCUAUACAUGCCUGGAAUGUGGAGAGAGCUUCGCUGAGAGUGGAAAUCUACGUUCGCAUCUAAGGACUCACACUGGGGAGAAACCCUAUAUGUGUCUGGAGUGUGGAGAAAGCUUCACUUGGAGUUCAGGUCUACGUAUACAUCAAAGGACUCACACUGGGGAAAACAUGCCUGGAAUGUGGAAAGAGGUUUUCUAAGUGGAAAUUUACAUUCAUAUCAAGGGACACAUGCAGAAAUCCUAUACAUGCAUGGAGAAACCCUGUAAAUGCAUGGAGUGUGGACAGAGCUUUCUCAGUGCAAAUCUACAUAGACAUCAAAGGACUCACACUGGGGAGAAACCCUAUACCUGCCUGAAAUGUGGACAGAGCUUCCCUUGUAGUUCAAAUUUACAUUCACAUCAAGGGGUUUACGCUGGGGAGGAACUCUACAUGUGCCUAGAACUACCUAGAGCAAGGGUCCUCAAACUUUUAAAACAGGACCAGGUCAUAGUCCUUCAAACUGUUGGAGGGCUGGAUUAUAAUUCGGAAAAAGACAUAAAUGAAUUCCUAUGCACACUGCAUAUAUCAUAUCUGUAG